AUGAUAGAAGAAGUAGAACAAGAGGAAGUGUCAGAAAUAUGGAAAGUUUACAAAGACAUUCACCAAGAUGUGUUAAAUCUACAAGAAAGUAUAGUAUACAGUUGUGAAAAAAAUAAUGAACCUAUGGAUAAAGCAACUUUACUUGCAGUUGAGCAAGACAAUGAUGAAAUUACUACCUUUCUUCAAGACUAUAUUAGAAGAAAAUCAAAUGAAUAUACGCAAGAAAGGCCUGCAAUUGACGAAAGGCCUGCAAUUGACGAAAGACCUGUAAUUCGCGAAAGACCCCUAGCUGCUAUAAAUGAUGAAAUACCUGAUAAUGCCUAUAAAAUAAAUGAGUGUAACAUUAAUGCUAAUUCAGAAAGUAAUAAAAUAGAGAAGAAAAUAGAGAAGAAAAUAGAGAAGGAAAUAGAACAAGAAAAUGAGAUCACUAAUCUCAAUAACGUGAAAAAUCUGAACAAAGUUACUGGUAGAAGUUGA